AUGACACCCUCCCAGAAGGCUCUGUCGGAGUCCAAUCCAAAGAUCGUUCAAUGGUUCGUCGACACAAGACCGCUGUGGCCCGUCCAACAAGCGAAACCGAGGGAUGAAGUCCAGCAGCUCAAGACCGUGGCGUCAAGAGCCCUUUCGCUCCUGUCUGAAUCAGAGCAAGCCUCUGUCUUGAAAUACUAUCACCUCAAAGACGCCAAGAUGAGCCUGGUCUCGCAUCUCUUGAAGCGGCUCAUUAUCACCACGCUCGAUAUCCCGUGGCCUCGAAGCAUCGUCUCUCGAGAUUCAAAGGGGAAGCCCUGCUUCAUACCAGAGGAUUGUGGCAGUCACGUGGUCCUCGAUUUCAAUGUGUCCCACCAGGCCGGUCUCGUCAGUCUGAUUGCCGUUAUCGGUCUCCAGGGUGCCCAGGUUGGGACGGAUAUCGUUUGUGCCAAUGAGCGGCUACAGCAAGAUACCACCCAUAUCAGCAAACAUGGAUUCGAGGACUGGGUCGAUAUGCAUGCCGAUGUGUUAGCGGACUCGGAAGUGAGAUUCAUGAAAACGGUCUCAGUAGAUGGUCAACCUUCUGCUUUAGGAACUGCGGUUGACAAGGAGCUACGGAGGUUCUACGCGGUUUGGUGUUUGAGGGAGGCGUACGUCAAGAUGACUGGAGAUGCGCUGCUAGCUCCUUGGUUGAAGGAGUUGGAGAUUCGGGAUGUGCAGGCCCCAGCUGCGAAAGAAGGUCUCGAUUCUGACAGUCUGGAAGAAGGCGAAGUUGUGCGUCAGUCCUCGAACUAUUUCCAGGGAGAGGUGGUCACAGAUGUCAAAAUGGAGCUCAGCGCGAUAGGGGCACAUUAUAUGAUUGCCGGUUCAAUCCGCAUUCCACAGGAUGUCGACAGCGCAGGAGUGAAGCUUGGAAAGUGGCAGAAAUUGGAUUUCGAGAAGGACGUUCUUAAAAUUGCCGAAGCAACCUCAUAA